AUGAUAUUUUUACGAAUUGGACGCUCUGUUAAUCGAUACACUCGCUCCGCAUUCAAUAAAACCCCAUUUUCGGGUGGUUAUGGAGUCGAAUUAGCAGUUUUGAAUGGAUUGGCUUCUGAAAAUGGGUGCAUUGCAAGAUCGAGGGGUGGCUCAGGGUUUAUGAGGAGCUAUUUGACAUCGAUUGGAGCUGGGAAACAUGUUUUGAAUGGUGGUGCUUCGUCGGAAUUUAACUCGUCUAGGCUUAUUAGGCUGUAUUGUAGCGAAACGCCAAAGAAAAGAAGUAAGAAAAAUAAAGUCUUUUGCCAUGACGCUGUUAUGCUAUUGUCUCUUCAGGCGGUUAUGGUUUUCGAUUUUCCUGAGGUUUAA